UGAAAUAUGUCAACAUCUCGUCCAGAUGUACAUAUUUGAAUAGUGCCGCAUAAAAUAUGGAAUCUAAAAGGGCUGUUUGCGGCUAUAGUCUGCAGAGAAAUGACCCUAAACGGAAGCUGUCAUAUAGUUGACCUUUCCAACUCCAGUAACUAUUUUUGCGCUCGUACGAAUCACCCAUUCUUACUUACUCUGUGGUAUUACGCUUCCGUGACAGUGUCCUACCUUGGCGCAUUUAUGUGUGCUUUAGUGAUCGCGGCCAUCAUCAUCCAGCAUUUGGUGCGCAAAGGAUCCCACUUUUUGAUUAUACAUCUUUUCGCCAUUAUCUUUACGGUUAAUGGUGUGAUUCAUCCCGUAUUUACGGUAUCCGGUUACUACGAUUCCCUCCAGCUAUCUAGCGCGGCCUGUCGCGGCAUGUACUUCAUCUACACACUCUUCGGUUCCGUUGCGGUGUGGUCUGAGCUGUUCCUGAACAUAAAUCGCUUAACCGCCAUUAUCAGACCCCAGUCGCACUUUGUCAACACAGACGCACAUCGUCGAUCCGUCAAGGGCACCGUACUGGCCAGCUGGAUGAUUAGUCUGGCUUUGACGUGUCCGAUUUUAUCUCAUAAAGUAAUGCAAGCCAACAGUGUGCAGCCGUGGGGUUUCUGCGAUAUACUCCCAGUAUCGCGAGGUGGUCGGUGGUAUUUCACUGUCUUUGGGACGCUGUCGAUGAUGCUACCAGCUAGUGGCAUGGUGCUGUCCUGUGCGGCACUGACGUUUAUUCUCGUCAAGAAAAAGAACCGAAUUCGUAAUACUGGCUUACCGAAUCGGGUUCUGGCGCGUAAUUCCGCUGACCGUUUGAUUUUGUCCAAGAUAUUUUUUGCUGCAGCUGUAUGGACAAUCACAUGUUAUUUACCGAGAAUUAUUGUGUCUGUUUAUCAUGGCAAUAAGGUGUACCGGGACUAUCCAACCCUAAUGCUUCUGACAAGAUGGUUUUCCUUCUUUGGAACACUGGGCUCACCGGCGAUGUUUCUUAUGCUUGGAAAAUCGUAUCGGCAAGGAGCUUACAAAUGUUUGCACUUGAUGGUACUAUGCGUCUCCUGCAAAAAACAAAGCCCUGAACAACCAACGAAUCUCGAAUUAACUGGACGAACAUGAGUAAAUUUUCCUCCUGUCCUUUUCGAAACGUUUUGGUAAAUACGGCACUGGAGUUAUGUACGUAG